AUGGCGCCUUCAAAGGCAAGAUCACGCUUUGAGGCUGACUUAAAGUUGGCUACCGAGAAAGAUUAUACCAACAUCACCAAUGUCCGCAAAGGAGAUGCUGAAGAUGGAUUCACAUUUGUGUUUAGUCAUCCAAGCCUACCUCAUCCCUCUCAAGUUGAGGUACAUGCUCAACCACAAGAUAUGGGAGGAUACCCGAGUGAUAACAGCUUUCUUGUUUAUACCAACGACGAUAUAUCGCCGACAGUUGCACAAGUUCUAGAGGCGUCCAUGUUUGAGACAAUGGGCAUGAAGGUUGAUAACGUGAUCGCCGAUAUUUCACGAAGACUGAGAGUCGUUUUGGAGACCGACAAACCUGACGACAUAGGUGAUGUGACAAUGGCCGAUGCUGAUGCUGGUACGGAUAUAGAUGCUUCCGAUUUUGAUAUGGAAGACGCAUACGGCGACAGUGAUGAGGAUCUUUCUUUCGAGCUCGAUGAAGACGGUUACGGCAAUAGUUUUGUACUUGGACAGGAGGGGGAUGGCCCGGAACCCUCGACAUCAAUACCGCUACCCCCGGAAGUCUUAGAUCGACUUCGACGAGAUCUCCGAUCAGUACUCUCUGCAGGAUUCCAUUCGGGGAUAGUAUAUGGGCUUACCAAUGGCACACCCAGCGGCAUUAUCUCCAUUUCUGUUCGAGUGAACAAACUUUGUCUCCCUAAGGUGACCCGAGAGGCAUGGAGUCUUGUGCCGUCGGAGUACAUUGUCCUACUUAUCAGAUACGAUGGGCAUUACGCGGAUUUCGAGAACGUUCUUUCUAAACCAGUCGGGUAUAACAACAUGAGCUUUCGCCUGAGAAAGUGCUCGGAGAAAAAACCAUCAUAUCAGCAAGCCAGAAUAGCUUUCGCAUCUCAAGAAGCCAGUGGGCCUAGUGGAGAAGAGUCAGACUCGCCCGAUUUACCGAACCUCUGGAUUAGCAAGUCCAUGGACGAAUUCAUGAACAACGAAUUGAUUUCGUUGCUGAAAAUAAGAAAGCUCCACAAUAUGUCCUGGGAACAAGCGAAGGAGAGAUUACAGUCUCAAAUAAUCCGAAUAGAUGACGACGUUAAAGACACCCAUAUGGACGACGAAGGAGGGCCUAGUAGUGAGCCCCAAUUAUCACCUCUACUUGCGGACGAUCACUUGUUGGGUGCUGGGGAGCGCUCCUUACCACUAAUUGCGAUGCAGUUCGCCUUGCGUUACCUAGUCAGAUGCACCGAUUAUUGUACCGUCUGUCAUCAGAAGGUAAAAAGCAAUUUUGCUGCCCUGAUGCCAUAUGUCUGCAGCGCGCCUCUCUGCCUUCACCAGUACAUAAAUCUAGGCUUUGGUCCAAGUAUAGACCACCAGAUUAUUAACCAUCCAGAGGUUAUUGAUCUGUUAAUUAGCUUCACCUUCGCAUCUCUGUGUAAAUCUGCCAAAGCAUCGGGGGGUAUUAUCGGCAUGCGUCACCUUCCCACAGGGCUUGGCCUACGAGUACCGAGGAUCCGGAGUCCUGCAUUGAAAUCACACUCUGCUGCUCAGGGUACGGAUUCGGUAAACGGAAACCCCGUGACCUUCGAUUCAGCAUACCUCAUGGAUCCUAUUGAUGUAUCCUUCGACUGGGGAGAGUCCACCGCUACGAUACUUAGAGAUGAUGUAAAUGAUAUCGUUGGAGUAGGCCAGUGGGUGGUCGUCGCGACGAAAGCCGAGAAUCGUACUCAUGCUUUUCGACCAAAAAGCGUGCUACACCAUGCGCGCGUCGAAUUGGUAUCCAAGGAAACAUUGCUGUUAAACGUCGUAUCGCGACAUACGAUGCCCAACUACACUCACCAGGUGCAACCUUACGUCGAAGAUACAGACUUAGCAAACAACCCCAGAAUUGACUCGGGCUAUCUCGUACUAUGUAACGACGAGUUAGAUGAUCUUGACGAAGUGCUCGAAAAGGCAUUCUCCUUGAUUAUUCUACUCGCAAGUAUGCCAUCAGUUGCGGACAUGAGAUCCUACUUGAUGAGUAGUCAACAACCACUAACUAAAUGGGAUCGGAUGUCACGAGCAAGUGUGGACUUACUAAGAUGGGUCAUCGCUUCAAAUCGGUCACAUAUCGUAAAAGUUGGGGAGGAUACUCGACAUCCCGAGAGAAUUGGUGGCGUUAAAGAUUGGAUCCAAUUUAGGUUCACCCAAGGAUCUCCAGAGAAAGAGAACCUCUUCUACGAGGCUCUAGAGCAAGUCAGAGCCCCGCAAAAGACCAUUCUCGCAUGGCAUGGCAGUAGCUUCGGAAACUGGCAUAGCAUUAUUCGCGAAGGCCUAGACUACGCUACAAUGGAGAAUGGCCGAACAUAUGGCGACGGAAUCUAUUUCGCUAGAGAUUUCGACACGAGCCUGGGAUAUGCACUUAGCGCUGAGAGAAUGGCAUGGCCGCGAUCUCAUUUAAGGGUAAAUUGUGUCAUUAGCUUAAACGAGCUUGUCAACUUGCCCUACGAUUUUAAGAGCAACGAUCCGUACUACGUCGUACAACACUGUCACUGGACUCAGUGCAGGUAUAUCUUCGUCCAACCUAUGGAGAUGGUCACUGACCUGACGCCUGUCGACCCCAACGCCACGCAAUCUGUUGGUACUGAUGAGUUCCAACAAGACCCCGGAUGGACGGCGACGGGGCUUAGGGGAGCUCGAUUAUCGAUUCCAAAAUAUGCGAUCCCCUCUGCUCAUAAAGCUGGGAAAGGACCGUAUGAAAAUGAGAUGGAGGAAAUCGCGUUGGAUAGCAGCGAUGAAGAUGAAGACGAUACUAUGUUCAUCUAUCAUGAAGGCGACAAUGCUCAAACAAGCCUAGUAUGCGAUUCCGAUUUCCGCCCCGGGACGCUCGAUUUCUCUUCCUUGCCACAGCUAGCCCCCCCGUCGUACGCUGACUAUGCCGCUCAAAGGGCCCUAGGCCAAGAAAUCAAGAAGCUAGAGAAGAUCCAGUCCUCAAUGCCUCUUCACUUACUUGGAUGGUAUAUUGAUUUCGAGAGACUCAAUAACCUGUUUCAGUGGAUAGUUGAAUUCCACUCCUUUGAUCGUGACCUCCCACUCGCGAAAGAUAUGGAGAAGGCAGGCCUGACUAGUAUUGUCCUAGAGAUACGUUUUCUGCGCGGAUUCCCAAUUUCACCUCCAUUUGUGCGAAUUAUUCGUCCUCGAUUCCUUCCUUUCAUGGACGGUGGAGGCGGCCAUGUCACGUCGGGUGGCGCCUUGUGCAUGGAACUCUUGACGAAUUCGGGUUGGUCACCAGCCAACAGUCUGGAGAGUGUUCUUCUCCAAGUUCGAAUGGCGAUUUGCAGCGAAGAUCCUCGGCCAGCACGCCUAGAGAGUACGAGAAACACCCAAGAUCAAUAUGGUGUUGCGGAGGCAGUUGAGGCAUAUAAACGAGCAGCUGCAACCCACGGCUGGGAGGUUCCCGCCGACUUAGCUGAUGUGUCAUUAUCCGGGCAGUAG